CUCCUCUGAGUGGUCAGCCCCCAGUGACCCUCUAGACAUCAUGAUCACAGGAUACCUCCCUGUCACACCCAAUAUCUCAGUGCUUGCAGGCACUACUGUGUCCUCAGGAGAGAAUGUGACCCUGCUUUGUCAAUCAUCAGACCCAAUGGACACAUUCUUUCUGUUCAAGGAAAGUGCAGCCCAUCCCUACAUGCAACAAAGAGCAAAAUCUCAAGAUCUACAAUAUGAGGCAGAAUUCUCCAUGAGUGCUAUGACCUCAGCCGUUGGGGGCUCUUACAUAUGCUUUGGUUCUAACAGCUCAUCCCCUUACCUGUUGUCAUACUCCAGUGUCCCCAUCGAGAUCAUAGUCUCAGGACUGGUAAGCUAUCAAAAGACCGUGAUCGGAGUUUCUGUGGCCUUCUUCCUACUGUUCUUCCUCCUCACCAUCUCCCUACUUCUCACACUCAGGCAUCAGAAGAAAAACAGAAAGGGAGUUCAGGCAAAGACCGACUUGCAGCCUCCUGCAGAUUCAGUAAACAGGGACAGAAGACUCCAGAACAGGUAACUCAUGCCCAGGACCAUAGACCAC